CUUUAUUGAAUACGUAUCGAAAUAGUUGGGCGGAUUCUCCAACACAAUUUAUUGUCGACAACAAGAAAUCUUCUUUGUUAACUCCUUCCACUUUGUAUUAUUUUUUUUAGUUCUAUUUGUAUAUAACUAUCGAAUUGUGCUUUGUUUGGAGAGAAAAAGGGUUUGGUUUAAAUUAGAAAUAUGUCUGGUUUUGCUUGUGCCUCUUCUUGUGGUUUGAUCUUCAAGAGUAAAGAAUCAGAAAGAAAUGUGGUUUCAUUGUUUCAGUAUAAUGGGCUUAGAGCAGUUGAAAGCAUUCGAUUGGGUGCAAUUUGGUGUAACCCAAAAAGCUCCAUUUCAACUUCUGCAGCAAAAUGUGAAAGAAUUAAGGCCAUGGCUUCUCCCACAGUUUCAGUUCCCAAGCGAGAAAAGGAUCCCAAGAAGAGGAUUGUCAUAACAGGAAUGGGCCUUGUUUCUGUUUUCGGCAAUGAUAUUGACACGUUUUAUAACAAACUUCUCGAGGGCGUGAGUGGAAUCUCACCAAUAGACCGAUUCGAUGCUUCAGAAUUUUCUGUAAGGUUUGCAGGUCAAAUUCGAAAUUUCUCUUCCAAGGGCUACAUUGAUGGGAAAAAUGAUCGCCGGUUAGAUGACUGCUGGAGAUACUGUUUGGUUGCUGGGAAGAGGGCCUUAGAAGAUGCCAGCCUCGGACAAGAAAUUCUUGAAACUAUGGACCGUACAAGAAUAGGAGUUUUGGUUGGAUCAGGCAUGGGAGGCAUAACUGCUUUCAGCAAUGGAGUGGAAGCUCUAAUUCAAAAGGGAUACAAGAAAAUAACUCCAUUUUUCAUUCCGUACUCCAUCACUAACAUGGGGUCUGCAUUACUGGCUAUAGAUACCGGCUUGAUGGGGCCUAAUUACUCCAUUUCGACAGCUUGUGCCACUGCAAAUUACUGCUUCUAUGCCGCAGCCAAUCACAUUAGACGAGGAGAAGCAGAUAUCAUGGUAGCUGGGGGGACAGAGGCUGCCGUCAUUCCUACUGGAGUCGGAGGCUUUAUAGCAUGUCGAGCAUUGUCUCAAAGAAAUGACGAACCAGAAAGGGCAUCACGGCCAUGGGACAAAGACCGUGAUGGUUUUGUCAUUGGUGAAGGCUCUGGUGUACUGAUUAUGGAAAGCUUGGAGCACGCGACGAAAAGAGGAGCUAAUAUUAUUGCAGAGUACUUGGGAGGUGCUGUAACUUGUGAUGCUCAUCACAUGACUGAUCCUCGAUCAGACGGGCUAGGAGUGUCGUCUUGCAUAAUCAAGAGUUUGGAAGAUGCUGGGGUGGCACCUGAAGAGGUAAACUACGUAAAUGCUCAUGCAACAUCAACCCUUGCGGGAGAUUUGGCCGAGGUCAAUGCCAUCAAGAAGGUCUUCAAGAAUACCUCAGAGAUAAAAAUGAAUGGUACCAAGUCGAUGACCGGGCAUGGCCUUGGAGCUGCUGGUGGACUCGAGGCGAUAGCAACCAUUAAAGCAAUCACCACUGGCUGGUUACAUCCAACAAUCAACCAACAUAACUUGGAGCCAGAGGUUACCAUCGACACAGUCCCGAAUGUGAAGAAACAGCAUGAAGUAAAUGUUGGUAUCUCUAACUCAUUUGGCUUUGGUGGGCAUAAUUCGGUCGUUGCCUUUGCACCCUUUAAGCCUUAAAAAAAGCUAAUAGAAGUACCAGACUUGGAUUUUCUCUCAUCAGAGGGACUGAUUUACGUCGUAUAAUUUAAUUGGAAGUGUAAUUUAGAGUUAGAGAGGUUUGAGUGUCGAAAUCUUUCAUGCUGGAAUCAAUCUUCCCAAUUUAUCAACGGCCUGAUGGGAAUACAUUCAUUCUGUAUCACUGAAUAAGAUUGUUAAAACAUUGGUGUUUUCUUAUCUGAAUCUGACCUUCUCCCUUGCAUAGUCUGAAAAAGUUACUUUUAAGCUUGGAAAUUUGUCUUGCUAAGCUUGAAAGUUACUUUUAAGCACUUUUACUGUUUAAAACCUUAACCAAACAUGCAAGGAAUCAAGGAUUUUCAGACAAAAGCAAAACAUUCCUUUGAAUAAAGGAUAGGUAUAUGUCACGUACUUUGCUGAAGAAAAGUUAUUAAAGCAUGAAUAUUAAAAUU